GAAACACUGACUGCAUAUGGACGCCGACGGAAACCGAUCCAACGUUCAGCUCAAGCGACAAAUCAAAACCAGUGGAUCGCGAGACAAAACUUUAAACAUACCACAAACGCCAGGCUCAAGGCCAGAGGCUAACUGGAUCCGACUCCGAGCAACAACCCUACAAGGUUGAGCGGCGCGCCACGCUGCGCGUGUGAACACGACACCGCCAUGCACCGCUUCAAACAGCUGUUCGGCGGCGGCCGCUUCGCCGUCAUCGGCAUGAUUCACGUGGACGCCCUGCCAGGUACCCCCAAGUAUGCAGGAUCACUGCAAAAAGUUAUUGACAAAGCAUGUAUGGAUGCAGAAAUAUAUGCCAAAAGCUCAGUGCAUGGUGUGUUGAUAGAAAACAUGAAUGACAUUCCCUAUGUGCGUCGCCAACAUCUUACUCCUGAGACAGCGGCUGUGAUGACUCGCGUCUCCUCUGAAAUAAGGAAAAUUGUUCCUCAAAAAAUUCCAUGUGGAGUACAGAUUUUGGCUGGGGCAAAUCAUGAAGCCAUUGCUACAGCACUUGCGGCUAAUUUACAAUUUAUUCGCUGUGAAGGUUUUGUAUUUAGUCACAUAGCUGAUGAGGGAUUCAUUGAUGGAUGUGCUGGUGAACUCCUAAGGUACAGAAAACUUAUAGAUGCUGAGCAUGUACAAAUUUUCACCGACAUUAAGAAGAAGCACAGCUCUCAUUCGAUAACAGAUGAUGUGAGUAUAGAAGAAACAGCACAUGCCGCUGAGUUUUUCAUGAGUGACGGUCUCAUUGUGACAGGUGUCGCAACAGGUCAUGCUGCAGAUGAGCAACAAGUGAAAGGAGUAGCAGGCCACACAACUUUACCAGUCCUCAUAGGGUCUGGAAUCGACAAGGAUAACAUUGAGAAGUACCUUCCCUACGCAAAUGGUGCAAUUAUCGGCUCCCACUUCAAAGAGGAUGGCAAGUGGGUGAACCCCGUUUCAAGGGACAGAGUUCAAUCUUUCAUGAGAAAAUUAGCCUACAUUAACAGCAAAUAAAAAAUCUUUCCUUUUUUAUGGAAA